AGAUCUCUAGCGUAAUCGGUGAUCUUGUGGCUAUGCUGUCUGACAAAGAUGUCGGCAUCCGAGCUGCAAGUGCCUCUUGUCUCUUCCAACUUGCGAAGCACUGGUACGAUCAACAAAUCCUCAACGCCAAAGCCGGGUCACCACUCCGACAAAUGCUGCACUCUCGGGUUGAAGAUCCAGACUCAGACCGAGUCGCCAGUCUCCAGUGUCUCUCCCAUCUGAUCUUGGAUCCUGAGGAGGACAGAGCAUGGUUCAAUAUGCCUGUAAAGAGUACCAAGUACUACAAGGAGGCUCGGUGUAUUGUGGAAGAAAAGCCAGAAGUCUGGUCACCUGUUCUCAUGAAACUGAUAACCGAGUCGCCAAAAACCAGCGACCAGAUUUUGGGUUUAUCUUGUCUAGCACGCUUGGCUAAAAUAGAGGAAAUACGAAAGACGUUCAUUACAGAGAUUGGUAACACCGGGGUGCAACGUUUAGCCAUUAAGCUUGUGAAUCUCUUGAGAGACAUCCGAACCAAAUAUCAUACUUCCAUUGUACUUCAAAGGAUGUCCAAAGAGCUUUGUAAGGAGAUCAUUUCAAGUGGCGUGAAGACGCUGCAGGAAGGCCUGAUGUCGAUGAUUAAAGAUGGACAUCCUAAAGCAAAAGGAAGUAGUGCGCUGUGCCUCAGCAGCUAUUUUGACGCGGAAGCUAAAUUCCGCGAACAAGCAAUGCUGGAUUCAGAGUUUAUCAUCGUAUUGAUGACCAAACUCUUUGGCAUCAAUGAGCACUGUUUCCCGGCUCAGAAAGGAGCUGUCAUAGCAGCGUUUUUGAAGAUAGUCGAUCAUUCCGACAGUGCUACGAAACUGGCCGAACCCAAGGUUAUAAAAGCAAUUGUUAAAACCUUAUCUGUAGACAGGUGGCUUGAGAGAAUGGAAGCGUCAAACCUUUUGGUCGGAAUACUAUCUGGAGAACAUACCUCAGAUGAAGUGAAGAAGUCCAUUAUUGAAGAGCUGGUGACAGUGGGCGUUGAUGAUGAUGCUUUGUAUCGGACUCAGGUCUAUUUUCGAGAACUGUAUGAAUGCGAUAAAGUACGCGAGUUCGUAUGUACUCGUCGGGUCUUUAGCACGGUCGCUGAUGCCUUACUGCAUGAGCAUUCCCGAGAGAACGCUCUUCAAUUUCUCAAACGUAUCAUUGAAAACAACGAGGCGCGGAUGAUUAUGACUGACAUCUCAUUUCCUGAUACCCUUGCUGCCCUCGGUCAGAACGUUUGCAGUAGCCGCGGUAUAGUCUCGACCGUCUGUAGCACUUUCAAGGUGUUCGUUGCGCUUUGUCAGAAUGUCAAGAAAGGCGAGAGAAGCAUACGCUCUGCAGUCCACCCCACUUUCGAGGUGUUCCUCAAAAGCAUUUUUAGAAGCGACAGGGGCGCGCUAUCCGCUGUCCGGAACGCUUUAGAGGGGUUUUCUCUGUACGAGGACUUCCAGGCCUUGUUUCUUGAACAAGACAUCUUUGAGAUCAUAGUCAAGGAUAUGACAAUGAGUAUCCUCGAGACCCAUGAAGGUCAUCACAUCGAUGCACAGAUAGCUGGAUUCAAGUGCUUACAGAAUCUUGUCGACUACCCUGAAACCCGCCUUAUGAUACUCGAAGGUAUACGUGACGAGAGUGUUGGAAAUUUUGCAUUGUCCUUAUUAGUGGAAGUAACGGGCCAAAAUCACUUGCAAUGCCGCAAUGUGCCAGGGGGCAAUGUGUCACCAUGCUUGCCGAGAGUCCGUGGCUACAUUGUGCCAUAUAAGGAACCUGGCAAGGAUAAGUCCGAAAGAAUGUAAUGCGGCAUUGCUUGCCGGACCGGCAAACCUAACAAUGACAUUACUUUCUAAUAAUUUCUUUUACAAUGUAUAUUGCAUGCCUGCAAGGACAUUAAAAAGGAUGUAAUAAUCAAUGAUACAAUGCGGCAAAAAGUACCAUGAAAACCAUUACUUGGCAGCCCAAAACUAUUUUAUUUCAGGAAUUCCCGCUUACCUGAAACUCUGUUUACUUCACUCAUCCAAACCUAAGGAAAUCCUGUUAUUACAAGAGAGGGAGUUGAACCAGCAACCUUUAGAAAUUGAUUAGUAAGCAUUACAACAGAUUAGCCCA